AAUCGAUCGACACGGCCAUCUCCCAUCUGAUCUGUCAGUCAGUGUUUUAGCAGCGACAAAGUACCGGCCGUGGCUUCCGAGCCCCCGAGGUACCAUGUAGGUACUGACGGGACCUCAAGACGAAGGGUCCUGAUAUAUAAAAAGGACAAGGCUCGUCUCCAGAUCCUACGUUGCUUUCCAGACCAUGCCACACUCUUGUCCGUCCUUUUCCGAGCUCGUUACGACUACCUUUGACUCUAACACUCUACAUCCUCCAACAACUCCAACAACCCCACAGAUCAACAGCAUCAUGGGCGUCACAAGAAUAACCCAUGUCCACGGGACCGGACCUUCACCUGCCCCUGGACAAACAGUCGUCAUCGAGUACACUGGCUGGUUGAAAGACGCCAGCCAACCAGAAAACAAGGGCCAGGAGUUUGACUCCUCCGUCGGUCGAGGAGACUUUUCCACUCAGAUCGGGAUCGGGAAACUGAUUAGAGGUUGGGAUGAGGCGGUCCUCGACAUGAGGGUUGGGGAGAGAGCGACGCUUGAUAUCACCAGCGACUAUGGCUAUGGCGAAAAAGGAUUCCGCGGCCACAUCCCACCCAAUGCGGAUCUGAUCUUUGACGUCUAUCUAAAAGCCGUUCAGUGA